AUGGAUAUUCAACUUCCCGUCAUGAAUGGCCUCGAGGCCACACGUGAGAUUCGCCGCUUGGAACGAGUCAACUCUAUAGGAGUGUUCUCCUCGCCUGUUGGGAAAGAACUUGGCGAAGAAGGUGGUAUCUUGGAGGAUGAUCGCCUGGCCAACAUACAUAUGUUCAAAAGUCCCGUCAUCAUUGUUGCUCUCACCGCUAGCUCGUUACAGAGUGACAGACAUGAGGCUCUCGCCGCAGGGUGUAACGACUUUAUUACCAAGCCUGUCAGCUUCCCAUGGCUCGAAACUAAGGUACGUGAAUGGGGCUGCAUGCAAGCACUUAUCGACUUCGACGGUUGGCGAAAAUGGAAGGAUUUCUCUCAAGAGAAGGAAAAGGACGACGCCGCUAGAAAGGCCGCGAGCACAAAGUCUAAAGCGAAGAAACAUCGGACGCCCUACACAACAUCCGCGAGUUAA